UUACGCUACAGCGGCGGCGUUCUUGUGGGCUGUCCACCUUUCUUCAUGAACCAUGAGCAGCGAAACGAACACCAGACUACAUAGCCUCCAAAUGUGGCGAAUCGGCCAUCUGGCAUGUUUCCUCUGCACCGUCUUGGCUUCUAUGGCCGCAUUCAAGACGUUCAAGGAGAUGGACAACAAGGUACAGAAAUACGCGUUCCGCAAGUGCAUCUUCUACGCGAAGCCUCAAACGUUCCUCAGCAGCAAAUCGUCGCCUAGUGGGGGGAAGGCGUGCCUCAUCGAUCUGACCACCUCCCAAUGGGGAAGCCCAGCCGACUGCAAUUUUGUCUCAUUCGCUAUCCUGGCUUCUUUUGUUUAUGCUAUCAUCGCCCUGUGGUUCUUCGUGCAGUGCUCUCCAGCGAAAAGUGAUGAUGGCGGAAGCAGAGAACAGUCAUGGCGAAUGGUUCUACCGUCGACUGUCUUGUGCACCUUCAUGCUUAUCCUGACUUUCGCCAUGGCGUGGAUAGUCACGGGAGGUCUUUUAACCUUCUUCAACAACCUUCAAGAUGCACAGAGACAUAAUUGCACACAAAGUGACGGGAUUGCCAACUGGGACGAGGAUAUGAUUGCCGUUCACAACCAACGCGUCUUCGUAGAGCUCUUUGGCUGGCUGAUCGUUGUCUUCUGGUUGCUGGCAGAAAUCGCACUCAUACUUCGCUGUGCUCUAGGAAUUGACUUUCCAGUCGAGUCUGAGGGAUUCCGGCCCCCUACGCCACAAUGCCUCGAUCCACUCCCAAAUACACGAACGACAACGGACAUCCAACAACCAGCAGGUCAAUCAAGCAUACUGGACGCAACCACAGAGAGAGGAUCAGGAUCACCUACGUUGCAAGUACGCGACCAGCACACGGUUCAGAGGGUGUGACGCCAUCGGCACCGACGCAUUCUUUAUUCCUCAUUUAUCCUAUAUAUGCAUUGCUUUUUAAUAGGUAAGCAGCGCUCAGACGAAUGUCUCUCGGCGAAUUGAUGUGAUAAGUAUUUCGCGAGAGCAAGGACCAGAAAAAAUGUAUUCCUGUUACUCCUGACUGAAUAAAUUAUUCCAUCUAG